CACAGCCAGCUGCCAAUGAUUUUAUUGUCCGUGGUCUACAACUUUUCGUGUCACCUAAUCUCCAGUGGAGCCUAUCGAUCGCCGCUAAACCCUGUUUAUAUGUAGGAUUAAAGACUGAGUGCGUCGGAGGCUCGUGUCAGAGAAGACCUCUGUACUCAUGGAUUGCUUUGAUGGAUCCCCGGGGCAAUUCAGGGACUUCAGGAAGGGCGACUUUGAGGCUAACUGGAUUAAGGUGGCAGAAUCCAGAUUCAGCCAGGUGUACGAAGUCAAGCUCAAACUCUGGCGGGAAAAGUGUGCUCUGAAAAGCUUCGACACAACCUUGUGUGAACACAACUAUUACAGAAGAAUAAUAGAGGAGGUGUCCAACAUAACCAAAGUGAAAUUCAAGUACAUCACGUCCCUGUAUGGACUGUGUAGUGAGGCGACUGGCGUGGUGAUGGAGUACAUGAGUCAUGGAUCACUGAACAAUCUUCUGGCCAGUCACACUUUGAUGUGGCCAAAGAAGUUCCAGAUGAUUCAUGAGGCCUCUAUGGGCAUGAAUUUCCUCCAUAGUAUGAAACCCCCACUACUCCAUCUUAACCUCAAGACAUCAAACAUCCUGUUAGAUGAUCAUCUCCAUGUCAAGAUUUCAGAUUUUGGUUUAAUCCACUGGGAAGAGGGCACGAGCAAGAAGUCGUUCAUGGAGCAUUUGACAGCAAGAGGAAACAUAAAUUACAUUCCUCCAGAGAUAUUCACUCAGUGUCGCGAUCCUCCAGGAACCACCUUCGAUGUUUACAGCUUCGGGAUCUUGAUGUGGGAAAUUCUGACACAGCAGAAGCCGUAUGCAGGCUGCAGUGUGACCAAAGUUCUCCUACAUGUAUCACAAGGAAAGAGGCCCUGUCUGGAGAGGAUACCUGAUGUGAAGCCCCUCGAGUGUGACCCAAUGGUCAGCAUCAUGCAGCAGUGUUGGGACCAGGAUCACAGGAAAAGGCCACAGUUCUCAGAGACCGUGAUGAAAACGGAGGCUCUCAGUGAAGUCCUUAAAGCUCCAGGACCAAACCACUCUAGCAUGAAAGGCAAUAGAGGACAGACGUCUGAUUUAUCUUGGCUGGUUCCCCCUAUACAUAAAAUCGCUUUCCCUCAGAUGCCUGAUGUUCCCUCAGGUAAACGCACAGAGGCUCAUGCCAAGGACAACAUUCUCUCCCUUUUGUCCAAAAAGGACUUUGGUAGUUUCAGACAGUCUCUGAGAAAAGAACACGUUUCCAUCGAGUUUUCAGGGAAAGAGAGCCUCCUUCACUACACAGUGGCCAGCGGGGAUGCAAACAGUGUGAAGCAUGUCCUGAGUCUGGGUGCUGACAUCAACUGCAUGACUGCUAGAGGUUACACACCUCUAAUUAUUGCUGUUCUGUACAGGCUUCAUGACGUCAUCUCCUUAUUACUGGAACAUGGUGCAUCGGUCACCCAGGGAGAUGAGGACCAGUGGUCACCGUUACAUUUUGGUGCUCAGAAUGGAGACGACAGGACUGUACGUCUCCUUUUGGACAAAGGAGCUGUGGCCGAUGCCCGGGAAAAAAGCGGCUGGAUCCCCCUCCACCUGGCUUGCCAGAACGGCCAUGAAACAGUGGUGCGCCUGCUGCUUUCACGGCUGUCAGAGGACACGUUUAGGAAACAGGAGGACACAUGGGGGAGGACGUCGCUCCACCUCGCCUCCGCCUACGGGCAUCUGAACAUUGCCAAGCUCCUCCUCUCACAGGGAGCAGAUCCCAACGUUACCGACAACUCUCUGUGCACUUCUCUUCACUUGUCCACUGAGGAAGGCCAUUUCAGACUAGUGAGACAGCUGGUGAAGAGUGGAGCGAGUACAAACAAGGCAGACAGCAGGGGAUUCACUGCACUUCACCUGGCUGCUCUGAAGGGUUAUACGGGCAUAUGUAGGCAGCUGUUGUCCAAUGGGGCUGACCCAGUAUCCAGGACUCUCCAAGGCUGGACACCCAUGCACUUGGCAGCCCUGAGGGGUCAUGAAGCUACAGUGGUCCAGCUGGAGAACCAGGGUGGUUGUGUGAAUACUAGAGGCGAGAAAGGAUGGACCCCACUCCACCUCGCCUGCUACCACAGCAAGCCAGAGGUGGCGGCAAAGCUCCUGGCAGCCAACGCUGACCCAAACGUGACAGAAGACAGCGAAGGAUGGACACCGUUACAUGUAGCAUGUACCAGUGUCAGUUUCACAUGCGUGCUUCACUUGAUAACUCACCAUGCAGAUGUAAAUGCAGUAAAUGCAAACAAGGCGACACCUUUGCACCUGGCUGCCCAGCAUGCCUGUGUGCCAAUUGUAAAAGCUCUGCUGCUGAAUGGGGCAGAUAAGACACUACUUGAUUCUUCUGGAUCCACAGCUAUGUCUGUGGCUCAGAGGUGCAGCAAGUGGGAAAUAGCACAGCUAAUGGAAACAGGAUGUUGAGCAUGAAUCUAGUUCUGGGUAAGGCAAUUUGAAUGGAAUGAUUAUUGUAUGAAAACAUCAAUGUUACAUUAAGAAUAUUGUCCUCAUUUUCAGUGAGGCUUUUACUGAAAAGAUUCAUGCAAAAACGUGGGAAAAUGUUGAAUAUGAUUGUGCACAAAGUAUCUGCUUCAUUGUAUCUGUCUAACAGGCUCGAGAACACACUUUUGUUCCCCUCUCAGUGUGCUUAUUUUCAAACUAUCGAGUGCACAAUCCAUAUUUCAAUUAUGUCCUGGCUCACACAAGAAAAGCAUUAGUCUAAUUCAGCAGUAGGUAAUAACUUAAGUCUGUAAAAUUCAUUCCGUUCCAACACAUAGGGUCAAAAUCAGGUGAAGUGGGCUAUAAUGACAAAAACACAUUGAUUGUUUUUUGAAAUACCUCAGUUAUUAAUGUGUGGUCUCGUCCUGUAUGAAUGCUGCUGCCACGUGUGGGUGAAAAUGAGACGAUAAAAAUGCUGCUGUUUAAACGACUUUUAAGAUCCAUUUGAUUAAACCUGUGAGUGGCGAUAAAGCGGUCAUGUGUCCAAUGAUCAGGCAAAUGAGAGAAUGAGCUUUCACUGAAAUGACUAUCUGCAGCAUAUUUUGGACUUUCCCCAAGUCACUAAAGAAGAUAUGCAGUGGAAUUUCCAUACAGGGAAUAUUUUAUUUCAACGAGGCGAGAUAACGAUCUGUCAUUCCCUGGAGACUAAGGUGAGCACUGUCCCACCUGCACCACAGUCAUUUACUACCGUGACACUUUAUUACAUUGAAAUGGAAUGCAGGGAUCUGGGAGCUGCAUUGAUCUACAUGUUCACAGGGUGUUUUUCCUGAAACCAAAAAGAGUCCGACUCUGGUUGCAGAGUGGGAGCUGAAUCGAGCUGCUGUAAAUGGAACAAACAGGAUGUAUUACAUUUCUCCUUUUUUUGUUGCUAAGUGAAUGUCUGCUCUCUAAAUUUAGCCCCAACUUUACUUGUUUCUCUCCGAUAUAAUUCAUUUGCCUGAGCCUUUUUUUUUUUUUGAAUUUUUGUGUAUCCGAGCCACUCAUAGUGUGUCGUGUACUGGUAUUUAAUGUGAAUUAAGCUGUGAAAAACCCACACGGUAACAAAAAAUGCUCGAUUUAUAAAUGCUCAGAACGUAAUUUCAGCUGCUAAGAUUCUUUCAGUCAAAACAAUAAAGGCCUAGUCAGGAAUCAGCGUGG